AUGACUCGCUCGCUUCUCUUACAGCGCCUACAGACGCUCACCAAUCAGCAAACUUCCAGCCCGCCCAGCAUACAGCCUGACCUGCCGGCGGAAGCCGCGCAGAGGGCAGAGGCUGCACGCGCGGGCGGCGGCGACGCGAUAGCAACAGCGCAACGAAUGGGAGCAACCACAGCAGGGAGGGUUGCUGGGGAAGCGGGUCAAGGCGAAGGACGGGCGGAGGAGCACCGCGGUGGCGUGCGGUUGGAGUCGGUUCUGGCUGCCAACUCCCUUGUCGCCCUGCCUGGUCGCCCCGCCGUCCCCCCUUACGCCUUCCCCUCGCCCUCCCUCCACUCUUCGCUCCUUGGCCUCUCCGCUCCCCCCCUGCCCACACGCACUUACGAGCCUGCUGUGCCGGGCAAUGGCUCGACAGGCAGGGGCAGUGCCAUGCUCGCAUGCACGGGCACGGGCAGGGAUUUGCGUGAGCGGUGGGAGCAGGCUUUGCAGAUGGGCAAGGGGCGGGCGAUUUGGGACGACGAGCAGACGACAGCCCUGCUGGGGAUCUUGCGGGAUGUGCUGCGCGCUGAGGGCUCCGCCCUCCCCGGCAGGAUCGACUGGGGGGCGGUGCACCGCGAGUGGUUGCGGCGAGGAUUCCCGCGGUAUUCGGGGGAGCAGCUGCGAAUGCGGUGCAAAGUGGUGCGCGGGUGGGUGAAGGACAUUCGGGUGCUUCAGGAGCUGCUGCCGCCUGAAGUCGCCUGGGAUCCCACCACUCAGUGCUUCAACCCCGACCCCGACCUGGGCAUCAUCCCGCGGCUGAAGCAGCAUGGGCAGUGGAAGCACUACAGGCGGUGGCGCAAGCACACGGCGCCCUGGCUGCCCCUCGCUCUGCUCACCGCCCACACUUGCCCUGCUGAGGCACCACUGUGGGACGAGGAGGAGUGGGAGGAGGAGGACGAGGAGGAGGAGGAGGAUUGGGAAGAGGGUGAGGGAGGGGAGGAGGAUGGGGAAGAGGAGGAUGAAGUGGUGGAGGUGGAGGAUGGGGGGGAGGGGAAUGGGGAGGCGGAGGAGGAGGAGGAAGUUGAGGAGGUGGGGGGGGGAGAGGAGGAGGGAUGGGGUGAUGGAGGGCGACUGCGGCGUGUGGCAGGGAGGUAUAGGCAUGGAUCGGGAAGGAAUGUGCGGAGGAGGACAGACAGAGGGGCAGUGGAGGGAGAGCGGUGGAGUGGUGGAGAGUGGGGUGGUGAUGAGUGGUGGGGGGCGAGCAGGGGGGGUGCGGGGCAACAGGCAGGGCAGGGAGGGGAUGUGAGGAGCAGAGGAGGUGUGAGGAGCAGAGGAGGUGUUAGGAACAGAGGGGAAAGAGAGGGUGCAAAAGCGAGAGGGGUUGAAAGUGGAAGAGUUGGGGUUGGCAGAGCUGGGGUUGGCAGAGCUGGGGUUGGAGAGGAGGAUGGUGGGUUAGGCUGUACAGUUGACGCACCGCGGGCCAAUGGCGCUCCUCGUGGUGAGAUCGCACAUCGCAAUGUAACAUUUGCUGACAGUGCUCGUGCUGACGAGGCUCGUGCUGAUGGGACAGGGGGUGCAAGCGCGGAUGAGAGGGACGAGUACCCUGCGAGGCUGGCAGCGCGGAUCGCUGGCAUGGUGGCGAGCAGGAGGGAGCAAGGCGGCACAGAGAGGCGAGGGGUUGAGGGCGAGGGAGGAGGGGGUGGGGAUGGAGGAGGUGGAGGAGGGAAUGCAAAUGCAUGGCGCGUGGGUGGGGCUCGAGAGGGUCGGAAUGGGGUGGGGGAGAGGCGGGAAGGGGGGCGUGGGGAGGAGGGGAGAGCAGGGAGGGGUGUGAAGCGGUCGAGGCCGGUGUGGGUGCAGGUGAGGGAGAGGAAGCGGCAGCGGCGGGUGAUGGAGAGUGUGGCGCGUGCCCUGAUUGUGUUCAGAGGCAAGGCCAAGAAGGGGCAGGAGCACGUGUACCGAGACACGGUGUCAGCCAGUGUGGUCAACGCGCACACCCAGGCUGUUGACCAGCAGCUGGCUGGGAUUCAAGCUGCCGCUGCUGCUGGAGUGGAUUCGCCCCUGACUGACCAGCUCCUUGCCCCUCUGCAGGGCAUGGCUGCUGGUGUUGGGGUGGCGAGGGGGGGAGUGGCGAGCGGAGCGGGGAUGGGGGGGUUGGGUGGGGUGGGGGGUGUGGCGGGGAUGGGCGCAGGGGGGGUGGGAUUUGGGGGGAACGGGGUGGGGGGGAUGGCGACAACGGGUGUGGGAGCAGCAGGGAUGGGAACAGCAGGGAUGGGAACAGCAGGGGUGGGAACAGCAGGGAUGGGAACAGCAGGGAUGGGAACAGCAGGGGUGGGAACAGCAGGGAUGGGAACAGCAGGGGUGGGAACAGCAGGGAUGGGAACAGCAGGGAUGGGAACAGCAGGGGUGGGAACAGCAGGGGUGGGAACAGCAGGGGUGGGAACAGCAGGGGUGGGAACAGCAGGGGUGGGAACAGCAGGGAUGGGAACAGCAGGGGUGGGAACAGCAGGGGUGGAACAGCAGGGGUGGGAACAGCAGGGGUGGGAACAGCAGGGGUGGGAACAGCAGGGGUGGGAACAGCAAGGGUGGGAACAGCAGGGGUGGGAACAGCAGGGGUGGGAACAGCAGGGGUGGGAACAGCAGGGGUGGGAACAGCAGGGUGGGAACAGCAGGGGUGGGAACAGCAGGGGUGGGAACAGCAGGGGUGGGAACAGCAGGGGUGGGAACAGCAGGGGUGGGAACAGCAGGGGUGGGAACAGCAGGGGUGGGAACAGCAGGGGUGGGAACAGCAGGGGUGGGAACAGCAGGGGUGGGAACAGCAGGGGUGGGAACAGCAGGGGUGGGAACAGCAGGGGUGGGAACAGCAGGGGUGGGAACAGCAGGGGUGGGAACAGCAGGGGUGGGAACAGCAGGGGCGAAACGGGAGCGGCGAUGGCAGAAGGUGGGAGUGUGGGUGUGGGAAUGGCAGCAGCAGCAGUAGCAGCGGCCUCAGCAGGAGGAGCGAGGGGUGUACAGGGUGUGGACGGGGGAGGAGGAGGAGGACGGGGGGUGGGAGGAGGUGGAGGGGUAGGAGGGGCAGAGGGGGUAGGAGAAGCAGCUGGGGCAGCAGGAGCAGGUGGGGCAGCAGGAGCAGGUGGGGGUGCAGGAGCAGCUGGGUUGGGUGGCACGAGUGCGUUGGGCGGCACAGGUGGGUUGGGCGGCACACAAGGGGCGGGCAGCACGGCAGGGCUGCAGCUGCUGGGGCAUCGCGUGCAGGAGUUUCUGCGACAGAACCUGGGAGCAGUCAACGCCAGUCAAGGGGCAGUCAACGCAUGUCAAGGUGGGGUGGGUGGCACUCCAGUGGUGGUCAAUGGGAUUCAAUGCGAGUGCCCUGAGUGUGUGGCUGCUAGAAUGCGUCAAGGGGCAGUCAACGCAAGUCAACAGAUGGCCCAGGCAGUGAAUGCUGGUCAAGGGGCAGUCAAUGCUGGUCAAGAGGGGGUGGCUGCCACUCCAGUGAUGGUCAAUGAGCAUCAAUGCGAGUGCCCUGAGUGUGUGGCUGCUAAAUUGGCGGCCAGUAUACGGCAAAGGGCUGUCAAUGGGAGUCAACCGGUGGUCAAUGCAGAUCCGACGAGGGGAGUGGCAGCGAAUCAGGCGGAGACAGCUAUCGACCAAUUAGGGUUCGGUGCGGGUCGUGUGGGGACGGCUGCAGUGCUACAGACAAGAAAUGCUGCUGGUCCAGCACCAGUCAACACUGGUCAGGCAUCAGCCAACGCUGGUCAAGAAACAAGAAUUGCCGGUCAAGGAGCAGUCAAUGCAGGUCAAGGGGUGGUCAAUGCAGGUGAAGGUGGGGGGUUGAGUAGUGAGGAAGAGUUGCUUUCAGGUGGGAAUCUGAGUGCUGGAUGGGAUACGAGUGAGGGCGAGGAGUUGAGUGAGGGCGAGGAGUUGAGUGAGGGCGAGGAGUUGAGUGAGGGCGAGGAGUUGAGUGAGGGCGAGGAGUUGAGUGAGGGCGAGGAGUUGAGUGAGGGCGAGGAGUUGAGUGAGGGAAGGGGAAUCGUGUGUGUGAGGGACAAUGGAGCUAUUGCGUAUGAAGCGGGAGCACUUGAGAAUGAGGGAUUGUGGCAUGUCUGA